UUGGUCCGGUUGGACGUCUCUGAACCGGCACACAAAAAAAUAUCUUCAUUCGGCCCAGAUAUUCUAGGUCAAUUCGCAUGAUAAAUAGCGAGUCCUGGAAACAGGGAGAGCCCGAUCCGACCUCGCCUAGGGUUUCUGUUCGCUUCCAUCCUCAGCUCAAUUGAUUGAAAAUGUCUGAAGCAGAUGAGUUUCGCUGUUUUGUUGGUAGUCUUUCAUGGUCAACAACUGAUGGAAGUUUGAAGGAUGCAUUUAAAAAAUUUGGCCAUCUUACUGAGGCAAAGAUUGUUCUCGACAAGUUUUCUGGUCGUUCUCGUGGAUUUGGCUUUGUCACUUUUGAUAACAAAGCUGAUAUGGAAGAGGCUAUUGAAGCCAUGAAUGGAAUAGAUCUUGAUGGGCGCUCAAUUACUGUGGAAAGAGCACAACCUCAAGGCCCUGGUAACAGGGAUCGUGAUUCAGGACGCGACUAUGAACGCGAUCGUGGUCGUGAUUAUGAUAGGGGUCGUGGUAAGGACUUUGGUGGUGCCCGUGGACGAGGUUCGGAUGGUGACUGUUUUAAGUGUGGAAAGCCUGGUCAUUUUGCAAGGGAAUGCCCUUCAGGUGAUGGCGGAAGAGGGGAUAGAUAUGGUGGCAGAGAGGAUUCGUAUGGGGGUAGUCAUGGCAGUAACAAUCGGUAUGGACCUGAUCGUAAUGGGGACCGCUUCAGUUCUCGCAACAGAGAUGGGGGAAGCCGUGGGGGCAGUGGUGGUGAUCGUUAUGGUCGUGACAGGUCUGGUCCAUAUGAGCGUCCUAAUGAAGGUGGUGGUCACAGAUAUUAGCAUGCUAUUACUGCUUGCAUUGCAGUAUGCAGUGUGAAGCUAGUUUUCAAACAUCCCAACUGAUUAAGGUUGCAGUGUGGCCUCGGUACUGGCUUCAUUUAUGGUGUUCUACUGUUCUUUCCUAGGAAUUGUCAUGUGUGCCACUCUUGCCACACCUCGCUUCUUGAAUGUCACUCAGAUGUUAAUGUUAUUUCGACAAGUGCCUUGUUCUUGAUGGAAAACUAAUGCUUUUUGAUACA